ACCCACCGCCGAGAUUCUUUAGGUAGCGAUGGGCCGCCGCCCUGCUCGCUGUUACCGGUAUUGUAAGAACAAGCCUUACCCCAAGUCUCGUUUCUGCCGAGGUGUCCCAGAUGCCAAGAUUCGCAUCUUUGACCUGGGUCGGAAAAAGGCGAAAGUGGAUGAGUUCCCACUCUGUGGUCACAUGGUGUCCGAUGAGUACGAGCAGCUGYCCUCCGAAGCCCUGGAGGCCGCCCGCAUCUGUGCCAACAAGUACAUGGUGAAAAGUUGUGGCAAAGAUGGCUUUCACAUUCGAGUACGCCUCCAUCCUUUCCAUGUCAUCCGUAUCAACAAGAUGUUGUCCUGUGCUGGGGCUGACAGGCUCCAGACAGGUAUGAGAGGUGCCUUUGGAAAACCUCAAGGGACUGUUGCCAGGGUCCAUAUUGGCCAAGUCAUCAUGUCCAUCCGCACCAAGCUUCAGAACAAGGAGCACGUGAUUGAAGCCUUGCGCAGGGCAAAAUUCAAGUUCCCGGGACGCCAGAAGAUCCAUAUCUCCAAGAAGUGGGGCUUUACCAAGUUUGAUGCUCACGAAUUUGAAGACAAAGUGGCCAAGAAGCGCCUGAUUCCUGAUGGCUGUGGAGUCAAAUACAUCCCCAAUCGUGGCCCUUUGGACAAGUGGCGGGCCUUGCACUCCUGAAGGCUUUGGCAGCACUGCCUCCAUGGAC